AUGUUAAAGUUACAAAUAGCUAAUGCACAAGAUCGUAAGGAGGCGCAGAACAGAGAAAGAAGGCGGCAGUGUGAGCUUGAAAGAAGAUCAAGGAUCUUCAAUGCACGAAACAGGAAAAUUGGUGUCGACUUGCCGUUCCUGGAGCGUCAAGUACAAGAGAAGAGAGCCGAACGAGAAGAGCAGGAUAGAAGAAAUUUGGCAUUCGCUCAGCAGAUGAUAAAGGACAGUAACCUCGCCGUGGUUCUCGAGGCUAGGGAGAGAGAAGAGCGUCGUCGAAUUGACGUAGAAAUAGACGAAUUCCGUCAGAAGUACCAACGCAAGGAGGAUAGUCGUGAGUUCGAUCUCAACAAUCCCGAUGCGUUGAAAAUGCAACUACCGCCGCGGGCGUCGGACGGCGAACCCGUUGGCUUGUCCAGCGCGCAGAAAUUCGAAGGUGAAGACUUAGCGUACGAAGAGCGUAAGAAGAUAAUGGCGGCCCAGAAGAAUGCGUGGCUCGAACAGCAGGUCCAGGAGCGAAAGGCUGCUGAAGAAGAACGGAAACAAGCGGAAGCUGCGUAUAUGAUGGCCAUAAAAGCUAGAGACGCACGCGCAGGGGACCUGGACAAAUUGGAGAGGGAGUGUCGCUACCGCUUGGGUCAGGCCAACUUGCGCUACAAUGAAGCGCUGGCAGCCGAGAAGAAACAAUUAGAGCAAAUAAUGAAGGAACAAGAGGAAGCCGACAACGCCGCGGAAAUGUACAACAACCUUACUUCGGACAUGCUCACUGAGAACCCUGACGUCGCUAAAAGUGCUUUGGGAAAAAACAGAGCCAUCGGAUUUAUGUACAAGGGUAUGAAUCAGGAGGAACUGAAGAAAUUUUACGCAGCGCAAAAAGAACAAAUGGCUGCAGCAAAGGCAAAGCGCGAAGCGGAGGAAAAGAUGGAGGCGGAAUGGCAAGCUUUAGCGAAGUCUAUACAACGGGAGGUCGCCAGGCAGGACAUUGAAGACCAGAGAAAGAGACGAGAAAUUGCGCGCCAGUUAAUGGAAGAAAAUCAGUUACUUGCGCUUCAGCAGAAGGAAAGAGAUAAAUACUUCAAGGAAGUUGUUUACAACAACACGCCUACCGACGACUACUACUCGCAGUUUAAUACUACUACUAGAUAAAAUUAUUUCAAUUGCAUUGCACAUUGCUAACCGUCACACUGACAGUUUUUUUUAUCUGUUUAAUAAUCUAUCGCUAUCGCUUAUUUCUGGCUUAAAAUUUAUAAUGUCUUAAUUAUUUUUUAAACAAUAAAUUCUAUAAAUCGUAUCAAAAAGUUAAAAUAAAAAUAUGAUAAGGAGUAUCAUAAUAUUAUUCAAUUUUAUAUAGUAUUCCAUUUAGACCCACUUAAAAUUUAAGCAUAGCGAUUGCUAACGUAGCUUUAAUAUAGAAAAUGUUCAUUGGUUGCAAUAAAACAAAAAUGUUUAGAAAAAUGCUUUUCUUUAUUUAUGAAAUUCCGCAGCGCAAUAUCACAAUACGAAUGUAUUCUAUACACAUCUAAUACGGAAUAUUUUGAAACUAUUUAUUACAUUUGCAUGAAAAAUACUAUUGCUAUAUCUAUAAUACAGCGUCAUUUGGCACAUUAAUAUAAAUGUAGAGAUCAAAGAUUUUAUUAAUACUAGUUACUAAAAAAUAACAAUUAUUAAGUCUUUAAAGUGGCAUUUUUAAUCUGGAUCGCACUCAAAGUUUGUCACAGAUAAUAAAUUAGUACUAUUGAGUAAUGUCAAAUAAAUAUAAUUAAUUAAAUUUGAAUGAUUUAUAAA